UUUAAGGGCAAUCCUUUACAGAGGGAUUAAACGGGAGCUUCAUCUUCAUCUCUUUCUCUGUCUCUAAUGGCUUUUCUCUCUCUAUCCAAUGGGCUCUCUUCUUCAAACAGGCUCUCCUCCUCGUCUCUCUUCUUCCCUUCAACCUCUAAUUUACACUCAAAGAACCUUCAUUUCCAUCAUUUCCUGAAAAAGCAACCCUCAGUCCCGCAUCGCAGGGCCCUCACUGUGAAAGCCAUGGCUCCUCCAAAGCCUUCAGGAAAACCCAAAAAAGUGAUUGGGAUGAUAAAGCUUGCCCUAGAGGCUGGGAAAGCAACUCCUGCUCCCCCAGUUGGCCCUGCUCUGGGUUCAAAGGGAGUAAAUAUAAUGGCAUUUUGCAAAGAAUACAACGCUAAGACUGCUGAUAAAGCUGGCUAUGUCAUUCCCGUGGAGAUUACAGUCUACGAUGAUAAAAGUUUCACAUUUGUUCUGAAGACCCCUCCUGCCUCAGUUCUCCUUCUUAAAGCUGCUGGAGUGGAAAAGGGAUCAAAAGACCCAAAGUUAGAGAAAGUUGGGAAAAUUACGAUAGAUCAAUUGCGGGCCAUUGCAACUGAGAAGCUCCCUGACUUGAACUGCAUGAGCAUUGAGUCAGCAAUGAGGAUCGUUGCAGGCACAGCUGCAAAUAUGGGUCAAGGAGGCUCAACGUUGAAAUGUGCUUGCUUAGGCAUAUUUGCUGCUUCACCCAUUUAUUUCUCCAUGUUGUUGUUGUUGGCUGUUUGUAUUGAUUCUGUCUUUCUCAAUUCUCUUCUAUUGUAAAAAGGAAGAGGAAUUAUCAUGUUUUCUAUGUGCGCGAAGGAAUGCAAGCCCUCGUGGAGUUCAUUCUCGAUUUCUCAGAAGGUUGGUAUUAUCCCUCAGAUCUUUUUUUAAAAAAAUAUACUAACAAAGGACCCAUUUACUCUCUACAAGAUUGGGAACCCUAAACAAGUAUGCGUGUUAUGGUAAUCUAGGUCUAUUUAAGUAGGUCAAUCCGAAUAGUGAUGUUU